AUGGCGUCAAUCAUUGAAAAGCUUAUUUUGUCUGCAGAGAGUGGUGAAUUUUACUUUAGUUUUCUACACUUGCAGUGUUUUAUGCAGACCUUACACCCACCACACAAAACCUAUGGCGCUGAUCGAUCUAGUCGACAAGUAUGGAUGAGCCGCAAUGAUGCAGACAGCGACACUGCUUCUGAUGCCAACUUAUCUUCAAGAUCAUCUCAGUAUUCAGAACAUAGCAAUGAUACGCAUGUUCGAACUGAAGUAAAAAAACUCGAUCGUGAGUUGCGUAGAAUGGCUGAAUCGAGCACUGGACAAACUGAUUCUGCUUUAAAAGCACUAAUGAAUCAAACAACAGACGUUUGGUUUAGACAACAUGUCCAAUCGCACCAACCACCGUCACGAACUAUUCAAAAAAAGAUUGCCAUGCAUUGCCAAACUCCAUUCCAAUCCACCCAGCAUCACUAUUCAGCAACUUAUUUGAAUUCAAUGAAUCCAACCCCAACUUCAAAUGCUAAUCAACAUCGCAUCACUUGCACAGAUUCAAUCCUUCACGAUCCAGCAUUCUCUCUUGUAGGUCUUCAUCCAGACAUCAGCAUCACUGACCAGUUGAAUCUUCUUCGUGCUCAAGAAAAGUUUUUUCUUAUAGAACAGUGGCGGACUGCAUGGGAUCAAGCACGACCACCUGUUCCUAGAUGGUAUAUGCUGAAAAAUAAACAGUUUUCGACCGAGGCUAAACGUGCGCGAGUGCUAUUGACUUGUGCUGAUCAACAAGAAUCAGAAUACCAGACACGCAUGAAUAUUUUGUAUUUGCAUCGUGAGAUGUGCAAAGACUUGGACUAUCAAGUGUCGGCCAUUGAUCAAUCAACCAUGAUUGAAUCGUUCAAAACCACUCAAUACACGUGA